AUGCCAAGUCUAUUUUCUAAACAACUCCACCUCUGUUUUUUCAAGCUCAAAUACCCCACAAUUCUCUCCCAACCUCACUCACAACAAACUACUACUCCAUCACCAUCACCACCUUACACCUUCCAUUUCAACACAACCUUCACCCACCACCACCACCAAGAAGAAGACUAUUUCUCCGACGACACCACGGAACUUCCACCUCCCGACUUCGCCUCCGUAUUCGCAUCCCAACGAUUCUUCUUCUCCUCCCCCGGCAGCUCCAACUCCAUCACAGAAUCAGAGUCUCCCCCCGACAACACUACACCCUACAAGUCGUUGAUACCAAUGGAAGGUAGCGUGAAAAGGGUGCCGAAAUACUCUGUAAACCCUUACGUCGAUUUCCUCCGUUCUAUGCAUGAAAUGGUUCAAUCUCAACAACAUGUGUUCGAUGUUACUAAUGAUUGGGAUUAUCUUCAUGAGCUUCUCUUAUGUUACCUUGCUCUAAAUCCUAAACAUACUCACAAGUAUAUUGUUCAAGCUUUCACUCACCUCCUUGUCGACCUUUUAUCUUCCUCCUCAUCUUCAUCAUUCUCCUCUUUGCCGCCACCUUCACCACCUUCUCAAAAUAUCAAUAACAAACUCUGA